UCCGGUGGCGCGCGGGCAGCGGCGGCGGCGGCGGUGGCGGCCCAAGAUGGCGGAGCUGCAGCUGGACCCGGCGAUGGCAGGGCUGGGAGGGGGUGGCGGGAGCGGGGCGGGCGACGGCGGCGGCCCGGGCCGUGGGCCCCCCAGUCCUCGGCCGGCUGGUCCCACGCCCCGCGGACACGCCCGCCUGCCCGCCGCCGUCGCGCAACCGCUGGACCCAGGUCCUGGACCGCCCGAGCGGGCAGGGGGCGGCGGCGCGGCCCGCUGGGUCCGGCUGAACGUGGGCGGCACCUACUUCGUGACCACCAGGCAGACUCUAGGCCGGGAGCCCAAGUCUUUCCUCUGCCGCCUCUGCUGCCAGGAGGACCCGGAGCUGGACUCGGACAAGGAUGAAACAGGAGCCUAUCUGAUUGACAGAGACCCCACUUACUUUGGUCCUAUCCUAAACUACCUCCGCCAUGGGAAACUCAUCAUUACCAAGGAGUUGGCAGAAGAAGGUGUGCUGGAGGAAGCAGAGUUUUACAACAUUGCCUCUCUCGUGCGGCUGGUUAAGGAAAGGAUACGAGACAACGAGAACAGAACUUCACAAGGCCCCGUGAAGCAUGUGUACAGGGUCCUGCAGUGCCAAGAGGAGGAGCUCACACAGAUGGUCUCCACCAUGUCUGACGGCUGGAAAUUUGAACAGCUGAUCAGCAUUGGAUCUUCCUAUAACUAUGGAAAUGAGGACCAGGCAGAAUUCCUCUGUGUUGUCUCCAGAGAACUAAAUAAUUCUACCAAUGGCAUCGUCAUAGAGCCAAGUGAAAAGGCGAAGAUUCUUCAGGAGAGAGGAUCUCGGAUGUAAGCUGAGAAUCCAAAAUUUCAGAAUCCGGAAAGGCAAGAGGGCAAUUCAGCAAAACAGCUCCAUGCAGUUAAGUCUACACCUGUAUGAUAACCGAGCUACUGCAAAGCAAAGCUGAGCCUGCCCCAGUGAAGAAGUGUCCUGGUUAAAACCAAAGGAACCCCACCCACCCUUGGGACUCCAGACAGACGCACCUCUGGCUGCAGAUCCCCUUUUCAGAACCUGCUUUUGUUCUUAUAGCCAGUGUUGUGACAGAUCUUUACAACAGCAGCAUGCUGGGUCUCCAAAUGGAGCCUUUGGGGAUCUGGGGGAAGGAAGAAGGAGGAAGGCCUAGGUCCUUGGAAACAGCCUAGCCAUCAGGGAAGCUGGAGCAGACAAAGGAGGACUGUCCCAAGCCGUGCCCUGGUCUCACCUGCGUGUGCCACUCUUUCCCCCUGCUGGGCACCCUCCAAGAUUUGUAGCAGAUGCAGAGGGUUCUAGCUUCAGUGUGUCAAAUUGAGUUUCUGACACAGGAUGGAAUCACCAGAGGACCCACAUUCUCGUGAGCAGAGCCUGUCAGGCAGGAGACGCUGGGGUGUCCUCUGCCUUGGGAGGGUGGCGGUUCCUGCUUUCCCACAAGUGGCUUUGUCUGAUUAGUCUCCAGCAGCUGGGCUCAGUGUGACCAGCCUCUCCUCAGGAAGAGGUUUGAGGCAGGUGGCAUCCUGCACCAAGUCAGGGGAGUGCCAGUGGUUGGUAUGGCUGCUUCUGCAGCCUCCUCUUAGACCCAUUGACCCCAUCUUCCCUGGCUUUUUAAUCUGGACCAAAGAUAAAGGACUUUGAGGAUCCUUUGAUGGCUUGGGGUGGGGAAGACUAUCUGUUUUGAAGUUGCCAAAUGUGUCAUGUCGUACCUAAAAGUGUUGUUUCUGUGAUUUGUGUCUUGAAAAUGCCCUGACCAAACGUGCGAUAUUUUGUCUCUCCUUGGUGUCGUCUAACCUUGGCAAACCUGCCCCACAGCACUGUAGUGACUCCACACCAUCCCCAGCAGUGUGUGCACUUUGGUGGGCAGUCUGCAGACUUCCUGUGUCUCUGUCCCCAUCACUGCUCCUUCCUGGGGACUGCCACAUUGGUGCGAAUAGAGUGCUUUUCUGACCAGCAUGCCUCAGAGGCCUCUUUAGGAUGUGACCACAGAACUUGUAAUUGCAACUUGUAAUUCGAGUGUCCAUGAGUAGUCGGGGAGGCAGAGGGGCUGGAGAAGCCUUUAUUUUCCCUAGACAGCUAUCAGCAGGCACAUGGUUGAAGAGGAGGAUGUACCAUUGAGGUUCUCACUGCUCCACAGUUCAGCUCCUUGCCAGGGGCUCAAGGUUAGUGAUUUCUGGAGGGACUAGACUCUAGUCCAGUGCCUAUUGACCUUGUGGCCUGACCGUGCCCAGAUGGUUUAGCUUUUUUCAGGAGUCUCGCUUUUUCCUUCUCUGUAGAAUAGUGUAGAAACGUGUGUACAGGCUCCUUCUGCAUCUGCGUCAACACAGUGUAAAUGUACAUGUUGGCGCCUCAGAAGUCUGUCUGUGCUUGAUGUUCUCAUAGCUGUAAUGUGUUAGGUGAACUUCCUACAGGAGGAGUAGACACCCCUUCUUCCAAAGGGCCACAGGCAUCCACCCUAUCACACCUUUCAGGAAAACAAAAGAUUUGGGUGUAGUCAAAGACAAGUAGAGAUGUUCUGUUCAGCGUAGGACAGAAGACCCCAGAAGAGAAGCCUUUGGCCAAAUGGAGUUAAGUGAUGUCAGACCGCCUGGGAGGAGCAGCAGUGUUUGGGACUAUGUUGCUCAUACUUGGGGGUAGGUCCCAGUGCCUCUGGCCCCACCCCAGCUUUGUCAGCCAGAAGGCUGGAGGGCAGAUGUUGAGCAGGUACCUCACGAAUGCUCUGAUAUCUUCAUUUAACCUUGUAGAAUACCACAGCUGCUUUUGAGUGUUAGGCCCAGUGCUCUGGGCCACAGACAGGUGGCAUUUCUGCUCUUUGGGGGCUGGUAUUAAACUUUUCCUUCCUUACUGCAGCCCAGUCAGUUUAACUGUUCCCGUGCUCCAGGAAUCUGAAGAUGGCUCAUUUCUCAUGGCUCCUGGAAAGUAUUUUCCCAAACCCUUUAUGAACCCUGCCACUGUUCGUGCUUGUAAGCCUUCUCCCUGGAAGUCUUGCUGGUCCCUGCGGAGAGCAGCCUGCCUGUAGGUUUGGUGGUGUCACAUGACCAGAGACCCACACUUUCUGCUGUGCCAAGACUGCCAAGUGGGGAGCAUCUCUGCCUUUAUCUCUGCCCUGGGUCUCGGCUGAGAUGCUGCUGGCUGGGCCCAGGAGCGCCACCCCCCCACGUGCUGGGCUGCAAGGCACCCAGCCUCCUGGGAAGUGACUUCAUUUCUGCAUAGUCACACUGUGCUUGGGUGUCAGCAAGACUGGGAAGCAGUAGAGAGGCUGAGAGGGAAUAGGGCCCAAGGGACACCCACACCCUCCAGCAUGGCCUUUAGUCUGGACGUCUGGACCUCUCAGACCAUGCCUGUCACUUGUGGGUGCCCUUUGUUACUACUCACGUGUUUGAAAUGCUGUGACUUUUUUUUUUUGUCAAUAAAGAUAUGAAACAAAUGCCCUGCCUUG